UUACCUAUAUAAAGCCCAUUUACUGUACAAAAUCCAUCGUUACCGAAGUUUCCAAAAUGUACAGUAAAAUGUAUCAUUUUACUUUACUCGCUUUACUCGCUUUAAUAUGCAAUAACUAUGCGGAUGAGGAUGCUUGCUUGGAUAUGACGGAAAGAAGUUGCCUUCAGGAGAAAAUGAAAAAUGUCAAUAUAAAACAGUUAGAAAGUGACUUCGAUAUUUGUUGCACCGGAAAUCUUGGAAUCAAAACUUUAAUGUGCUUGAAAGAAAAGAGGAACGAUACUUUCGGUGAUUGCGUCAAUAUUACAGAAAAAUGGGAGUGUUUUAUGAAGAAAAUGAUGGCGAACGAAGAGAUUAAAGGAAUGUUAAAAGACUUAAUGGACAUGAAAGAAUGUAAAGACUUCAAGACGAAAAUAAAGGAAAUGACCAAGAAAAUGUGCGAGAAUUCCGACAACGAUUCCGAUGUAGAAUUUAUCUGCAACAAUAUGCCUAAGGAGUAGGCUGAAAAUAUUCUUUUAUAUUCAAAUUUUAUAUAUAUAUUCCGUUAAGUUUUAAUUCAUUUGUUAACGUCACAAAUUAUAUAAUAAAUAUUAUACUUCUGCACGGAAAUAACUGUUUUCUGUCGUAAUUUUAAAGAUUUAAAUAAUUCGUGGGAUCAAAAUAAUUCUCAUUUGACGUCAUUUUGCCUCUGAAGACAAUAGAAAUCAUAUAAAUUUUCAGAUAUAGGAGCGAUAACUUAUAAUUUCUAUGAGUUUUAGUGUCUUAAUAAUGAGAAAUUAUGCAAAAAAAUCCGCAAAAUUAUUACAAAAAAUUUUUCAAAUUAACUCUAUCUGACAUUUUAUUAUAUAGAAAAUAAAUAAACUAUAAGAUAAUGUCACUCCUUUCUAGAAUUUGAUUGCAUUGACAUGUUACAGGAAGACGGAAGCGUGUUUUAUAAUUUCUUAAAACACCGACAUUAUCUUUACUAAAAAUAAAUAUUGUAGAGACUUUAACGUUUUGAAAUCUUCACAAAAAUACAAUAAAAAUA